UUCAUCCUUCACCUACGCUAUGACACAACGUGUUCAGCUGCGCUAGAUACGAACAUCCAAGAGGAUGGUAGUGUUAACAAUGUACUCGUCAACACCAGGAUUAAGUCAGCUUCGUUGGUACCGGGUUACCCUCUAUGCUUUUAUGAGUACUGUAUGUUGUUGGUGCCACGGAGUUCCGUUUACUACACGAAUCUGGUAACGGUUUUUAUGUGUUUUAGUCUUUUACAAUGGUGUUUACGUUUCGUAUUGGCUUUGUGACAGCCAUCUUGACAGACAAGGAUUCGCCAUUUUCAAUCUGGUGUCAAUUAUUGACAAGCGGAUUGUGACCUGUGCAGAACACCGUGGAAUAUCUUCCUGUGAAAGAACAAACGUGUUGUAGCAAAUGCGAAGGAUUUGUAUCAGUGCGUGGUAUGUUAACGGUCGACAGAGUACGUGGCGCUGUGUUAUCUAAUGCUUGUUAACCAUCAGGCAUGACAAUCAUGAUUUACGGAUGUGUUGUGUGACCGUGUAAGAAUAUGAAGAUCUAGACUUCACAGAGCUACCUCAAUUCACUGAAGACAGGGAAAUAUACUUAUCAACAACCAUGGGCUUGUUGAUGAGAAGGAAGAAAAAGAGCAACACAAACCGGCCUCUGAGAAGCAGAAAGACGAAGGAAGCAUGGCUGUCCUCCGCGUCAACAAAACCGCUUAAUGGAUACAGUAGAGCGGCGGGGAUGGGAGAGUACUUAUGCAUAGGAGACCACGUGAGUCUCUAUUGCGAGGAAACAGAAGGAUAUGCCUACAGUUACCAGUCCAGCUCCACCAACAAUGGCCUCUGUGUGUACUCCAACCAGGAUCGCAACAGACCCGUCAACAUUCCAAACCCUCAAGCUGUGGUGUUCCAAAUGUUCAUCCAGAACAGGUACAAACUCAACAAGAAAUACCGGAAAUGGCUUGCCUUGUCACAGAACCCGGAUGCUGCAGACCCAGGGAUCAAGAUCAUGCUCAACCAGGCCAAGAUGGCGGCGGAAGCGGAGAACAAAGACAAUGAGGCGGAACAGAAGCGACAGCAUGGGAAGAGGGUGCGAUAUGGCGAGAUUGUACAGCUUAAGCACACAUUCUCUGGGAAGUUUGUUCACAUGAGCACAACGCACACCAGUAUGAAGGACAAGAACAACAUGAAGGUAUCCAUGCACGAAUUCAAUGCAAAGAACGCUCAAUUCCGUAUACUUCCGCGGUAUAAAGUGAAGUCGGAAGGCGAAGUGGUCCAGCUGUACGACCAGAUCGUGUUUGAGAGUGUCAAGUCUCCAGGCCACUACUUCCAUACCAGCGACCCGUUCCAGAUCGACAACUUCUCAUGCGGGUCCGAGUUAAAUCUUGGCGUAGAGAGAUCGAGUUUUACACUCAUAGGAAGUAUGCGAGAAACUCUGGAAUUGGACAAGUUUGUCAGGGGUGGAUCAGUGAUUCGAUUAUUCCACAAAGAGCUGGAGGCGUAUCUGGUCGCCGAGGGCCUGUUUGACGAGGUUGUCACGGAAGAUGUCCAUUUCCGGGUACGUGCAAUCGACCAGCAUCGUCCCAAGUCCUUGUCUCCAUCAACUUCCGGUAUCACCUAUUGGCAGAUCGAGGCUGAACACAGUAUUCUUGAUGGUGACGUACUGCGCUGGGAACAACAGAUUCGCCUACGUCACAUGUUGACGCGACAGUAUUUGUGUAUUGACUCCAGGUCAGAGGUCAGCCUCUGUCCCGACCCUUCUGAUCCAAGGACGGUAUUCCGGCUGCACUCUGUUCUCAAGGAGCGGGAUGAGAUCCAGUUCGAGAGCUACGCCCGUAUCGAACAUAUGUUGACAGGAUGCUGGUUGCAUGCACUCAAAGAUGAAGACUAUCAGAAACACCAAUACCAGGACGGCGACAAUGAGCGAUCCAUGCAAGGUCUACGCUGGGACGGUGCCGCGGUCAGAAAGGUGUCUGCCAGCAACGAAAGCGUUUACGACGACGCCUACACCAUACAGAGGGUGGAGAAGGUGGACGUCAGCAACUUCAACUACGUUGCCGGCAUGGUGCCCUUCCUCUUCAACCUGAUACAGGACCGUCGGAGUGCAGCACCAUUGAAUGCAAGGAAGACUCAUGGGAUACUUAUGGCUCUGAGGGAGGUGAAGGACUUCAUGUUGCCUCACAACAAACCAGACAAAGACAGACAGAAACUCAUGCGGAACUUACGGGUGAUCGACCUGCUGGUGAAGCUGCUCCAGUGCCCACUGAGAGACGGGGAUGAGGAGGCUCAUCUCAUCAGGGUCUUCAAGGAGGCCUACGACGUCCUCCACGCCUACAUGAUCGGCAAGAGCAGGAAGAACGCCCUCUACUUCGCAAAAUACAUCGACUUCUUCCAGACACAGUUCACCCAGAAGGGUGGUAUUGGUCUAAACGUGGCCUCUAUGAUUGUCGAGUUGAUCCGGGACAAACGGAAGAUUGUGGAUAGGAUCACCAACAACCACAUCGACAUCUUCAUUCAACUGCUCAGGUCAAACCAGAACUACCGGUUCCUGGACCUCCUGCAGGUGCUGUGUGUCUGCGACUGCGUGGCGAUCCCCAACAACCAGAGCUACAUCGUGCAGCAGUGGCUGCGGUCCUACAAGGACAGCGUUUACUUAAUGGACCGUGGACAGAACAUCAACAAGAAGCCGAACAUCGUCUACAUCUCUGUUGACAGCGGGUCCCACUGGGUGGCGCUGCAUCACUUUGUUGACCCCAACAGUACUGAAUAUGAUGAAGAGAAGUAUCAGUUCCUGCUGCAUCAACUCGAGCUCUUUGAGGCGUUCUGCUUUGGCCGGAAUGACUUCGCCAUCCACGUGAUCACGCGAGAGUUCGGCUAUAUCACUUGGGAGGAUGUGUUCCUGUGUAUUCAGUCGGAGCUCCUGCCAGACUCAAUCAGGGCCAAGUUCUGUGAACUCAUCAUUGGUUUGUUUGUGGACGUCGGCAACAACUACUCCGUGCUGGACAACCCCAACAUCUGCUUCGUCUAUGAGUACGUAGGCUCCAAGGACUCGGACCGGGAACAGACUCAGUAUACCACACCCCAAAACGGACCGGUGGUCAAAGACCUUGUCACCAUCUUCCCAGUGCUCAGAGACUGGUUAGCGGACUUCCUUGCGCAGAACUGUACGAUGACGGCGUCAAUGGUCGGCCUUAACCUUCUGGUAGAACAGGUUCUCCGCCUUCUGCACCACCUUGUAAAGUUCGGGUACUACAUGGAUCUGGAUGACGUCAGGAAGCUGCUGCCUCCAUUACUCAGCUUGCUGGACGGGCGGCAUGAUGUCCCAUUCCCCAAGGACAAAGACAAGGGCAAAGGUUAUUCUAAAGAGUCUAGCAAGUCUGUCGCUCAGUACAGAAACACGACCAGGUUCGAGCUGAAUCAAGAAAUGGAGGCCAUCGUCAAUGCCAAAUACCAGGCCAUGUGGGUGCUCGAUCUUCUCCUGACAUUCCAGAGAAAUCUACGGCUGAAGGUAUUUGUCACCAAGUUCAAGUACGGUGAACUGGGCGCCAAACAGGGGGCUGUCAAGAAGAAGUUCCAGACGGUGCUGGAACCGCUCUUGUACGAGACGUAUGACCCAACAGACACGUCAAAGAAAUCGCUGAAGAAGCAGAAAGAGGUGCUGAAAGAACUGAAAGAGAUGUUCCAUGCAUCCGCCAUCUUUGAUCUGGACAGCACCACUGCUGUGCUACUGGACCUGUCCAACUACAAGUCUGACAAAAUGGUGGUCAAGUCCUUGGACAUCCUGAACAAAAUGUACUCCUCCCAGAACGACAUGUUUAAACUGGCGGAGAGAGCUCAAGUGCUGCUUACUCACGACUCGGCACGUGUCCACCGCGAGGUUCAGAGGUCACUGCCAACAUUGAGACGCUUGUCACGUGCGAAACUGAAUGACCAGCAGGUGCAACUGAUGAGUGAUGUCCUUGACGAAUUAGCAGAGUUCUGUCACCUCCCGAAGACCUGUGAUGAACCUCACCACAUGAACCAGAACAUAAUGAUUAGUCACGGACUUCUGAAGAUUGUUCUGGACAUUCUCUCUCAGGAAAUUGAUUCUCGGCUGGUUGAGCAGUACAAGGGGAUGGAGACGGUGUUCAGGAAGACGUUGUAUCUGCUGCAGCUGUUAACCAGAGAGAACCAGCGCGUGCAGGAGCAGCUGUUCGAACACCUGGACACCCUGCUGGAUGUACAGAUCGUCCGCUCAGAUCUGGCUCUGGCGCUCAAAGAGUUGUUCAUCGGGAACCAGGCUACCUGUCUGAAGGUGUACUCCCGCCAAAUCCAGAGGAUUGUUCUUUUGUCCGCGGAGAAUCAGCAUCGAGCUCCAGAGUUCCUGGAACUCCUAAAAGUCCUCGUGAAGGUGGAAGGACUGGACCUGACAAUCAAACGCAACCAAGCGCUGGUGAUGAAGUACAUUAUGCAAACCUUCAAGAAGGCAGCCUAUGUACUCGACCAGCCCCGAGAGCUCAGGGAGAAGAUCCUCACUAACAAGACAGAGCGAGGCCACCUGACGUACUUCAUCAGCCUGGUCGACCUACUAGCAACAUGUGCUGAGGGUGAGAACAAGUUCAUCGAGUCCCUGUGCCAGACAAUCCUGCCGGUGGAAGAGCUGCUGUGGGUGAUGAACCACCCCCACAUCGACACCAACCUCAAGAAGCCGUUCAUCAAAUUCAUGCUGUGGGUGUACAUGAAGACAACCAGCAACUUGGUGGAGAGCGGCGCGGCAGACUUACAGCAUGACAAGGACAUGUGGGAGUUUAUUACGUCAGCGAGCGGCGAGAUCAAUCAGCUGAUCGACUACUUCUCGCACCACCCAGACAGAAUAUCACAGCUCCUCAAGUCUCAGCCCCCGAAGAGCUGUGUGGCCGAGGGGCACGACACCCGUGCCGUCAUGCACGGCAGUCUCUUCUACAUCCUGGACGCCGUCAUGCCGUUCCUCCAUAUCUUCUACACAGUGUUCUACCUCCCGGACAAAGACGUGUACCCUAAUGAGGUGUUCACCACAGAGAGCCUUGCUAACGCCCUCACUGCUCUGUGCGACGUCCUCGGUUCCCACAUCACCUGCCCGCAUCAGAUGAAGAACAUGGUCACCUGCGUCACCACCAUCGUAUCCGUGUCCAACAGCUCAAAGACGGUGUUGGUGAAUGUGCUGGAGAAGCUGACAGGCGAGAUGAGGUUCGAGAACAACACUAGUGCAGUACGAAGGGGUAACAUGGAGUACUAUGCUUCCGAGUUGGAGCUGAACGCCAAGUUCCAUACGUUUACAAAGAACUGCAGCGUCGUGCACAGCGGCCACAACACCGUCAGUGCACAGCUCAAGUACAAGAAAAACAAGAGGGAGUACACGAUAGUUGGCGACAACGAAGAACUUCCACUGGGCGAAGAGUUCCAGCAUCUGGUGAAGUGCUUUGUAAACAGCGGGGAGAAGAAAAUAGCCAAGCGUUACGCCCCUGCCUUCAAACUGAUAGAACAAUUAUCGAUCUCGGCUAUCCGAGCCAAGCAGGCCAACCCGAAUGUCCCAACCCACUGGGAACUAGACGUCCGGUGCCUCCAGCUUCUCCGAGCAAUCAUCCACAACGAAGAGCGGAAGCUCCCUGAUGACUGGGACAUCCGGACCAGCGAAGCCAAGAUCAAGAAGCAGCUGAACCACAUACGGGACCUGCAGAUCGUCAUCAACCAACAGGAUGUGAUUGUGAAGGUGCUACCUCACCUCGCCAGGAGAAACGACGAGAUUGCUCGAGAGGUCCUCGCCUUCAUAUGCAUCAUGCUCUUCAACGCCAACAGAGACGUGCAGAAAUCGAUGUUGGAAUACUUCCUGUCAACCCGCGAGGAGGUGUUCUUCAUGGCCGUGAGGGACCGGAUGCAGAUCUCUACCAACUCUAUCAAGGAGAAAUAUUUGUUGCUGAAAAAGAGUCGACGGAAAGGAGCAGGGCGGUCACUGCUAGCUCAACACGAGAGUCGAGUGAAGGAAGCACUCAGCAAUAUGACCAACUACAACACUUCCCUCACAGUUGGACGAAAGGCUUUGCAGCAAAUCCAGCUCCAUGAACAGAAGAUGCGCAUGGAGACACUGAGCGGCUGGCGAGCUUUGUGUCGAGCUGUCGAACCCCCGGACGACGGUCGACUUAAGCGAAAAAGAACAUGGCGACGUAAAAGUAGUGAGAAGGAAAAACCUAAAUCCAAACCCGGAAGUGAGCUCCUAAAUGGCAUCCCGAAGGACAACGAAGCCCUGAUGAGUGACCACUCUGACAUUGAGCUCGCUGAUGUCAAGGUCGAGAGCGGAGAAAGCAGGCCUGAGGAGGAGCUGGUUGCUGCUAUGGAUGAAGGAGUUCGGGAGAUCCUGGAGUACAAGGAUGAGGGCUACAUUGAGCUGGUCCUGAAGGUGCUGGCCCGCAUAUGUGAUGGGCAGAACACUGGCCUACAGAACUACCUUCGAGAGCAGCCGGACAACGUUAAGUCCUUCAACAUCGUCGGCGAGACGACCCAGUUCCUCAACGUCGUCUACACCACCAUCAACAACAAGACCAUCGACCUGGUCAUACAGCUCUUCAGCUCUCUCAACGAGUUCUGUUCGGGCAAUCAGGAGAACCGCAGCGUCAUCUACGACAAAAAAGUCAUCGACUACAUCAACUUCAUCCUCAGGGCCGGUGAAAUCGCGGACUGCCCGAUAGAAAAGGUGAUAGAGCUGCAGCAGACCAUCGCCUCCCUCAUCAUCUCGCUCAUAGAGGAGAACGGCCCUGGAGCAUCGCAGGUGGCAAAGGAAGUGAAGGAUGCACUUGACAAGGAAGCCGCAUACAGAUGCAUGACGGUCUGUUAUGAAAUGCACCAAUCAGAGAAGCCCAAGCUGGAGGGACUGGUUCGUCUCAACGAAAAUGGCAGCUACCUUCAGUCAGCUAAGUCCAUCGCAGCCUUUGGUGGAAGUCUGCUUCAGGGCGUUGUGAAAGGAAAGAAGAGGAACGCUCUUCGUGAGAUUGUGAUGGAAGUCGGCUUCAGCUUCUACAUGAUCCUCGCCCGCAUGAUAGACAUCGACAGCCAUCUAGCUGACACCCUCAAUCUCAGCCCUGAAAACCAACGAGCGUUUGACUACUAUAAGAAAAACUCGCUCUCCAUUGAGAUAGUCAAGGACGAUGUCCUCCAGAAGGUCAACUUCAGGGUCAAGAACAAGAGUGUGCUCAGAGAAGAGGUGAAGGAGAAACUGAAAUGGAAUGUGGACAGGUCGUCGCCUAGCAACAAGAUCCGGGACCUUAUGAACUGGACCCGUGAUAUCAUGGGUGAUAUCUCCUAUCAAAGGAAGAUUUUGAACAACCCAAUAGCGAAGAUGUUCACGAAGGGCUGGUUGCUGUGGAACUAUGGUGCUAUCAUUCUGAGCAUCGCCAUCAACAUCCUCAUGUUGGUCACGUGGAAUGCCAAGUCGUCUAUGGAGGAUUGUGGGAAAAUCCUGAAUGACAAUCCUGAGAACGCUACAACACUCUGUCCUGGAAUCUACGAUCCCAAGCCUCGCAUUGAAGGUAUACGAGAGGACCAGUACCAGAUAACGUUAUGGACGCUAGGGGGCGUCCACAACCUGUGUUCCUUGUUUGUUCUCAUCAGCUACUUCCUGUCUAACCAUCCUCGAUUACCCCGCACAUCCGACAUCAAGUCAUACUUCAGGAAGCUUUGUGGGAAUCAGGGACAAGAAGAGGAGGAGGAUUCCAAGAAGGACGACAAGGUUUCCAAACUGGAUAUCAACUUCUUCAGCUUCACCACAUUCUACUACCUGCUGUUUCUGGGUAUGUCAAUAGCAGGGACCCUGUUCCACGGCUAUUUCUUUGCAUUCCACCUUCUCAACAUCGUCAACAACAAUCAGCUUCUCAGCGGCGUCAUAAAGGCUGUCACAGUCAAUGGUAUGUCAUUGCUGUGGGUGGCUGUACUCGGAUUCAUCCUCAUCUACAUCUACUCGCUCAUCGGCUUCGCCCUCCUCCGAUCCUACUUCUCCCCGGACGAAUAUCUGUACUGUUCUACGCUCUGGGAGUGCACGGUGACAGUCAUCCGAUACGGUCUCAUAGGGGAUAUGUUUGAGGAAAUCAAGCAGAAUCCCAUGGGAAGCUCCUUCACUCGCUUCUGGCCCCUGGUCAUCUACCAUGUCUCCUUCUUCAUCUUCAUCACCACCAUUGGUCUCAACAUAAUCUUCGGUAUCAUCGUCGACACCUUCUCAGAGCUCAGAGAUCUCAAGUGGCGAGCAGAGUCGGACAUGAAAGACACGUGUUUCAUCUGCAGCAGGAACAGCUACGAUUUUGAACAUCACGGACGGGGUUCCGACUACCACGUCCGCUAUGAACACAACAUGUGGGCGUACAUCUAUUUCAUCAUCCACCUGGACGACAUCAAGGCCAGCGACUACACCACCCUCGAACUCUACGUCAGCAAACUGGCUUCCAGGGAGAGCUACGAUUUCUUCCCACUGAACCGUGCUCUGUGUCUGACCUCCGUGGACAUUGAUCCCACGGAGUCUAAGAUCGAUGACCUCCUACACCAAGUCAACUGUAUCUCCAAGAAACAGAAGGAAGAUGACGCUGAACGAAAACGUAAGGUUGAAAAGCUGAAACAGAAGAGAUGGCAAGAAAAACACCGUAGAUAUAUUUUCGGUGGAGACUUCGACAAUGAAAGAGAACCUUUGAUCCCGCCAUCCCGAGCGAUCAGCGAGGACAGGUUGUCAAGGGAGCCAAGUGUCUUGAGAGACGAUAGGAGAAGUGAGGUCAAACGGCCCCAGAAGUCCAAACGCGGGGAUGGUCGUGGAGCCAAAUAUCUGGCUCCUCCUGAAGAUUACUCCACGCCGAAGCCUAAGAAACCAUACAUCAGCUCAGCCAGAGAAGAACAGGAUGACGUCGAAGGUCUAAUAUCAGAAUCUGAGGAGUCUCAUUCUGGCAGUGACACGUUUCAGCGAGAAGGUUCCUAUGACAUCCUAGAUGAGGAUAUUCCCGUGAGAGAUAUGGCUCAACUGCCUCCACCACCACCACCUCUCCCGCCUCCUACCACCUCCCAAGUAAUAUCUGGUCCCCUCACGCCACAUGCACUCCCCCCUCCGCCUCUCUCGGCGUCUCGCAGAGUUCCGCCCGAUGAUGAUGAUGAUGCAGAUGAAUCUGGAGAGGGUCCUGACAGAACGACAAGGCUUUGAGGUUCUUGGGAGUGGAACUUUCGGAUUAUCAUGAUACAGUUGGUUACAUCACGUGCAGCUUUCGUUAUGGUAGGAGGCAAUUUAAUGUUUGAAUGUUAAGAAAGAGGUGUAUUGAAUGAAUCAGGACAGGUUUGCAAUGACAAGAUUUGAGUUGUACAUGAAUAUGUUUGUCGUCAACUCGGGAUCAAUGUUAUUGUGAACAGCCAUAUACCGGUAACGUAUCCAUUUGUUUUAACGGAUACAGAUGCAGUCACGUGAGCUGAUCCAGGAGGAUACUCCAGAAUGUGAUGAUAGUGGUACCGGAAGUGAGCUGAUAUGUAGUCACGCAUCAAGGAUACUCAAGCUUCGGAGUAUCGUCUGUUCUGUGACUGGAUAUGCAAUCGUUUACCAUCUGUUCAAGACCGACA